AAGAAAAUAUAUAACAGGAGCGGCUCCAGAUACAGUAGAUAGAGCUUCCUUGCUUCUCCUGUGACCGAGGCCUGCAAGCUGACGUCACCGGAAAAAUGGAGGGAACCUCCAUCCUCGGCUGCUCCACUUCCUCCGCGACUCUAUGCUCGAGGACCCAUCCGCGGGAAUCUGGCCACGGCCUCGCCUUGUCCCCGUCUUCGUCUCCGCUUCCCGCGAAGUCGUGGCCUUUCAGCUUGUCAGUCAGCUUGGGCGCUUCAAAAGAACGGCCUUCGGCGGUGCUCUGCUCGCGGGCCUCGCUCCGGACCUCCGUCUUGGCGGUGGAGGAGGCGGUGGAGAGGUCGAGGGGCUCGAUGGCGCCGGCGAAAGAAAUGCUGCCCAAGAUCGAUAAGAGUGGCCGGUUCUGCAGCCCCAGAGCCGCCCGUGAGCUCGCUUUAUCAAUUGCAUAUGCUGCUUGUUUAGAAGGGUCUGACCCCGUUCGGCUUUUUGAGAAGCGAAUGAAUAUGAGAAGAGAGCCUGGUUAUGAAUUUGACAAGGCAUCAUUGCUGGAAUACAACCACAUGAGCUUUGGAGGGCCACCUAUCACAACCGAUACAACAGAAGAAGCUGAUGAGCUUAUGCAGAUCGAUGAAAAGGAGAGUGCGAUUGAAGCUGAAGUCUUGUCAGCACCACCAAAGAUGGUAUACAGCAAAUUGAUACUGCGUUUUACAAGGAAGCUAUUGGUUGCAGUGAUCGAUCAGUGGGAUAGCCAUGUGCUUGUCAUUGACAAAAUUGCGCCUGAAAAUUGGAAGAUUGCCCCUGCAGGCAGAAUCUUAGAGCUUUGUAUUCUCCAUCUCGCGAUGUCUGAGAUUACGGUUCUUGGAACUCGUCAUCAGAUUGUCAUCAAUGAGGCUGUGGACCUAGCAAAACGGUUCUGCGAUGGAGCGGCACCUCGCAUUAUAAAUGGAUGCCUUCGGAGCUUCAUCAAGGAUCUCGAAGCAACUCCUUCACCUCUGGUGUCAGAAGUCAAGGAACAAAUCGCCGUCAGUGCAUGAGGUCGAUACCUCCCUGUUUGUCCCCCAUCAGAAGUCAGCCAUUGCCAAGAGGCGGUGUAAAGUACCUUGUAAUACUAAAGCAGACCAUUCUUGUGCUGAAAUCCAUGCUCCAGGCAUUAUUAGCAAGGAAGGUUACUUUGAAGUGGCAGUGAAACGAGACCAGCAGAUUCGAUGAUAACUGGAUGGUGGAUUAAAUUUCAUGUACAAACUUGUGGUGACCAAAUCGUCUUAAACUGAUGAAGUUGGAUUUGUCAUUGGAUGCCAUUUCCUUUGGGAAACAAUGGCAGAUGCUGCUAAGAGAAAACUAGUAGUCUACCAUCGUCAAAUGCGUUCGCGAGUCUCCGUGACUUAAUGGGGGCAUCACGAUUCUGCCAUGUAAUAGAACUUAGGCUGUUGGGGCUUGUGAUACUAGUUCCGGAUGUUUCGGAAAUCGCCACAUCAUUUUUCA